UGCACGAAAAUACCGGAUCGGAGAUCGUCGGGACCGUACCACAGUCCAUUUUCAGUUGUCUCCAGGUUCUGGAUACCUUUCUCACGCAAGGAAAUGCUUCAGUAGUUUCUAGUAUGGUAGCGGCACACAAGCAAGAAGCUCUAUCAGUGGAUAAUAUUGUGGAUUCUGUUAUUAACACCUUGGGUGUACGAGAUGUAAAACAAGUCAGCUUCCAAUCUACCUUAGCCGAGCUCGGUAUGAAUUCUCUCAUAGCCAUCGAGAUGAAGCUAACUUUGCAGAGGGAGUUCGGAAUAUCCUUUUCUGCGAAGGAUUUGAGGUCGAUGACUUUGGCGAGACUGAAAGAGAUUCAGAAGGAAAAGAAUGGGACAAGUCAAGUCGUUGAGAAGAACUGUUGAAGCCCACGUUCUACUAACAUUUUUUUUUUCAUUAUUAUAAUACAAGCAAUUUUGAUAUUUUCUGACGUAUGGAUAACGGUAUACAUUUUUUAUUAUUCGUGUCGAGCAGGUGUAGGCAUAGAGAAAAUAAACAGAAAGUGUUUCUAGUGACAACUAGUGUUUCUCUAUAAAUUACUAUCAAGGCCAAGGUGCGAUGCGACUCUACUGUUUUGAAGUGUAACCACAGCAAAUUAUAUUUGCUGUGGUGUAACUUUGGGUUUAAGUUCAGGAAGCGGUUAGUAGAUGUCUCUUUUUUUGUAAUGUGAUUAGGCGGUAAAUUUAAAAUUAUAUAAAGAAAUUUAUACUA